UUGUAGCUGGAGAAUGCUGCUCGAUCAGGAGAUGUCCCAGAAGGUCAAUGGAAAAUUCAGUUUUAAAAGACCUUCCUGGCGAAAUGCUUUGGCUUUAAAUAUACAUUAGUCUACAUUGGGAGGGGUGUAGGUUAGUUAGGCAAAGGGCUUCUAGUCAGGCCAAUUAUGUUACAGGCCUAUCUCGACAUGACAGCUGGAUAAACAGUAUCUCUGAUAAACAUCUCUAAUGAGGGAGGAGGGUCCGCGUUACAAGGCGCUUGAUUUAUUAUCAAGGUAUGGUCCACUACCGGUGUGCCCCAUGUACAGUAGAACCUCUACCUGGCCCCAGCUCCUAACAGAGCCAUAAUAGCUAGCCCGGAAUAUGAUCUAUGAUCCUCAGACGAGGAAGGGAAACUGGAAUGCACACAGCAAACAAAGUGGGACCUCUUAAGCUGCCUGGAGAUGAGCUCACAGCGAGAGAUGCAGAAAGUUGCUGACAUUUCAUGCACAGGAUCAGCAGCGGAGACACAGCUCAGAGAAGAGUGGAGGGACAGGAAGGUUCACUGGAGCCAUGACCAAUGGAUCCUGCCAGAGGAGAGGUUAUCAUUGCUGUGGCCUUGGUGCUGUGAAGGUGCAGGGAAAUUGAGGGGGAACAGGUGUGCCAGCCCAGUUAACAAGCAGCUACGUCUAGGGACUACCAAUCAUCCUCCAUGUAAACAAAUCAUGGCUGGAAGUCCCUUCAGGAUAUGGAGGAAGUACAGUAAGCCUAUCCUUUAUCAUCCUCGAAGCCAACAAGAUGCAUUGCAGACUGAGGAUACCCUGAGACACUGCCGCAGAACAAUGCCAACUGCUGGAGCUGGACCCUUAAACCAAAAGGAUGGGACUGGGAUGCCUUUACAAGAAUGGUUACAGGGAGACAUGGGCUACCCUCUACAAAUAUUGCUGAUGACUCAGUUACCUAAACUCCUGACUGAUGAUAAAUGUAGAUACAAUGCUAUCUAUUCUUUGACCGGAGCCAUGGUGGAACAGAUAUUAGACCUCCUCAAGGUGAGGUAAUGAUGUCUGGAUCUGACUGGGAGGAGCCUUGCAAUACACUUCAGACAGUGUUUGUUGCAUAAUCCUUGUGUAUUGCACUCUGCCCACCUGGAGCAACCAAAGCGGCAAUGUGAUGGAUGCUGAUGAGCUGGGAGAGCAGCAAGAGUCUUCUGAGGAGGAAGCUGAGGGAUUUGCACAGGAGGAAUAUCACCACCAGGAUGAUAAAGCACAGCAUCAUUGAGUGCAACAAGUCCGAUAGGACUUAAUUGAAGUUGGGUUUUCAUAAAUGUGAGCCGGGUGCAGAGAUUGACUGUACAUUUGAAAUUGUUUUGUUUGUUCCCAGAAGCAAAUGCAGCUCUUCUUGUUUUUUCCUAUGUUUUGCUGUUGUUUAACAAAAAUCACCAUAUGUUGGUCAUGAGGGGAACACCACCACUCCCUUAGUCACAGUUCUAACAUGUCAUGGCACUGAGGUUGGGGAGCCUGUGUAGCUUGAUUCUUGUAGCUGCAGUUACAGUGAUAGUUUGAUUAGACAGGUGAUGAUGUAAAGUAACAAUACAUUUCUGAAUGUGAGCUUCUUUAUCCAAUGCUGUGUUACCCAUGCUAUGUAUGUGCCGUCAGAAGCAUUCUUUUUCAUUUUCCUCUCAGGACGUUUGCUGUGAAGUGCUAUCUCUGGUUGGCAGCCUUUGAUUUAGUGCACAGCUGGGCUUUAGAUAUAGUUCCUGGGCUGGAGAUCCCAGAAGGUCAUGGUAGUGGUGAGUACUUAGUUGUUGGUGAGUGCAAGCUGGCAGGUGUGUGCACCAUAGAAGCAUUGUGCAUACAUAAUGAGGUGAACAGGAUAUGAUUGAAUAUGAAAGCACACUGGAGCUCGUGAAGAGAAACUCUACUCCCUGAAACUAGCACUUAAGAUAAUGUUUUGGGGAAAAUUCAGAUUGGUGGUUCACCGUUAUCUUUUCAAGGGUGUUUAGGAAUGAACAAUAAAUGCUUACUUUGACAGUGAUGAUCAUGAUGCUUCAUGAAAUAGUAAAAAAAAAGCAUCAUUGUAUUUGUAAAUUAUUCUAAAUAGUGCCUUGAUAACAAAUAUUUUGUUAGUCAUGUGAG